AUGACUGAAACAGAAAAAGAGCAAGGUUUUAUGCCCGAUCCCGAGAGGGACGCGCCGUCGGAUAACAACACGCUCACAGGGCCCGACGAGGAAGCCAUCUCAAGAACAAAGUCCAACGUCUCAAUAGCUGAGACAUUCUCACUCCCGCACGAGAUCCUCUUCGUGGCGAUCAUCUGCAUGGCGCAGUUCAUGACACAAGCCGCGCUCGGAAACUGCCUCAACAUCAUCCACAUCAUCGGCGACUCAUUCAACCUCACUAACCCCGCGGAGCUAAGCUGGCUCAUCGCCGGCUUCUCCCUCACAGUCGGAACCUUCAUCCUCUUCUCUGGCCGUCUCGGCGACAUCUUUGGCUACAAACGCCUCUUCCUCAUUGGUUUCGUCUGGUUCGCUGUUUGGUCCAUGAUCUGCGGGCUAGCAAACUACUCCAACCAUGUUCUAUUCAUCUUUGCGCGCGUGUUUCAGGGCAUUGGACCUGCGCUCGUGAUGCCGAAUGGUCUGGCUAUCCUGGGCGCUUCGUACAAGCCUGGUGGUCGAAAGGCUGUCGCGUUUGCACUCUUUGGAGCGUGUGCGCCUGGUGGGUGUGUUUUUGGCGCGCUGUUUGCUGGACUUUUUGUUCAUGGAAAUCCAGCCUGGUGGCCUUGGACUUACUACUCUUUCGCGCUUGGGCUGGCGUUCAUUGCGCUGAUGGCGUACUUUAUCAUCCCCGAUCCUCCUCACAAGCUUUCGUCUGCCGAUAUGAGCUGGGGUGACAUCCUUGGUCAGCUUGAUCUUCUCGGCGCCAUCACUGGUAUCACUGCUCUUGUCCUCUUCAACUUUGCCUGGAACCAAGCCCCCAUCGACGGCUGGGACAAGCCAUAUGUAUUUGUUCUUCUCAUCGUCGGAGUGCUCCUCGUUCCCGUCUUCUUCUACGUCGAAUUGCGCGUCGCGUCGCAUCCUCUCAUUCCCUUUGAUGCUCUGACUAGCGACGUUGCCUACAUCCUGGGCUGCAUCGUCUGCGGUUGGGCAACUUUUGGUAUCUGGGUGUACUACACUUGGCAAUUCUUCCAGAUGCUUCGCGGCGCCUCACCUCUUCUUACGAGUGCUUGGAUGAGCCCGGUUGCUAUCUCUGGAGCCUGCGCCUCACUGAUCACUGCAUGGCUUCUUCAUGUGUCGCACCCUGCUCUGGUCAUGCUGCUUGCUCUCACCGCUUUCACGACUGGUACGAUUUUGAUGAUGACAGCCCCUGUGGAACAGUCCUACUGGUACCAAUCUUUCUUUGGCCUCGUCAUUAUGACCUUCGGUAUGGACAUGUCGUUUCCCGCUGCGACUCUGAUCCUCUCCAACUCUGUGAAGCGAGAGCACCAAGGCAUUGCAGCAAGCUUGGUCAGCACGAUCGUGAACUACAGUAUCAGCCUGGGCCUCGGAUUUGCUGCUACGGUGGAGGUCAACGUCACAAAUGGUGGAGAGUCAAAGCACGAGUUAUUGAUUGGUUAUCGGUCUGCCUUCUACAUGGCUGUUGGUUUCGCGGGGCUGGGACUCGGUAUCAGCAUCAUCUACUUCCUCAAAACAAAGUGGUAUCAGAGGAAGGGGAAGCAAUGA